AUGAAUGGACCAUCCAUCGCGAUACCCUUACCGUAUGCACAUUUAAUGACAUUUAUUCAGGUUUUUGAUGAUAUAGCUCGUUGUCAACAUCAUAUAAACUCUAAUAAAGAAAAAUUGUUUACACUAUUUGCAUACAGUGAAAAUAUCGAAACAUGGUUGUUGAAUAAUAAAAUACCAGAUCAUUUACAUGAAAUUAUUAUCUUUUGUCUACCUACUGAUGAUAAACAAUAUUUGAAAUCAUGGACAAGACGUUAUACACAAAAAAUUAAGGAUAUAAUUACAUACGAUGAACUGGAACGUGAUUUAUUAUUAUUUGGAAUGAAAUAUAUUAAAGAAUUAUAUCUGUAUUUUCAAGAUGAUGAAGGAAUAUUGAAUUUAUUGAAAGAAGAUCAUAAAAAAAUGGGUUUAGCUUUGAUUGAUUGUUUGGGAAAAGAAAUUAACAAGCAGGAUACUUAUAUUAAAUUAAGUAUAGAAAGUACUUCUAAUCCUUGA